AUGGGGCGUUAUAAGGGCUUCAAAUCUUCAGUAGAAGCUCUUGAUGAUAACGACGAUCAUCUUUAUGAGCAAUUUUUACAAGAGUCGGCAGCUUUGGAGAGGGAUCAACAACGAUUAACGCAAGAUAUACAACAGGAGUUACGAUCCACAUUGGAUGGCAUUAUGGAGACUAUAGAAAGUGAGGUACAGCAUAACAGGAGGCAAAGAGAAGCGAAUGAGAAUGCUAACUAUCAAGCAGGCACAAACAUACAUAACCCUAACCAUAACCCAGAUAUCGCCAGACAGGGACCACUCUUUGUACGCAGGAGGCCAUACCUUCAAAUCUUCAUAAGAAAUCUACUGCUGUUGGAUUAUUUUGUUGUCUUACUGCUCUUCCCAUUCUCACUGUACAAUAUAUUAAGAUGCGGAUUUAGCUCUGUGACCUUCUCAGAGACAGAUUUUGUCAAUGACAUACUCACGUACUGCCGUUACGUAAAUGAUUUCGUUAGCCUCGAAGGAUCCUACCGCCUGAUUGAUGUGAACAUGGAUCUUUUGAGCAAGUUCCAUAACAUCAUAGUGUACUACACCUGGCCCACGGCGAGGUCAGUAAUUUUGACGUAUGGUCUAUCGGAUCAGGCUCAAAAUACUAUUCUUUCCGGAUAUCAACUACUCGUCAAAUCAGGUGCUGUAUUGAUAUAUCUGCUGUACGGUAUCGGUGGUACUGUUUAUCUGACCAUGGCGGGCUUCUUCUUCUCCAUUUGUUUAAUGAUUACACUAGUAAGGAGGUACAAGAACGUACAAAGGAUCGUGGCCGCCAGUAUAGAGAGUUCUGCCAGGAUUCCCGGAGUUUUGUAA